UGGCGUAACGGCCCAAAGCGGGCCAUGCAGUCAGACGCGGGGGGGCGAUAUAUCCACUCCGUGUCCGAUUUAUGUGGUGCUGACGAAAUUGAAUUUCUACUUGACGAUAUUCGAGAUUUGGAAACUGUUAACUAUCGUGCAGAAGACAUACAGGACUUCGAGAUAGCAGGAAGUCAGACAGGUGGUGCGGGGGCGUUGGAUUCGCCACUUGGGACGGUGCAUUCGUGGGAUUCACACGCAAAUUAUCGUCUGCGACUCGACGCCUCCCCCCCUGUGCCACUAUUUUCUGGGGUGAUUGUGUAUUGUGAUCAUACUCACCUCCUAACAUCUAUUGGAUUCAUACGACUUUUACUAGUGGUAACUAGUAUAGCGUGCCUUGGGUGUUUGUGCUCAUCAGGAACAGUACAAGUAGGAUUAUUUAUGUUACCCUUGGCAGGGCGUAUUCGUUUAAUGAUGUUUAUUACAAUAUUUAGUUUGUUAAUUACAUCAUUACUUCUUUUUCUUGAUAUAUCGCAUACAAUUUAUUUAUUCCCAUUUAAUUGGGGUAAAUUGAAUGCAUAUCUUUAUGUAGGUAUUGGUCUAAUGUAUUUUAUCUCAUCAACGUUAAUAUUUCAUAUGGUAUUUUUAUCGGAUGCUUUUUCAUGGGUUCCUCGGUGGACAAAAGAACAUCUUUUAAUAACAGGAUGUUUAGGUUUCAUUUGCUGUUUGGAAUCAGUAAUAAUGUCAUUUAUUCACAAAUAUCAGUGUAGAACAUAUGAUCCAGUAGUUGAAGAUCCUCCAUUUACGUUACAAGAACGAGCGAAUUCACCUACAAAUAAUACUGCAGAUAACGCUCAAUCACCAUUGGUAAUAUAUUGCCCGCCAGCAAUACCAUCAACAUCGCGACAAAAUCCAUCAUGGACUUUAGAUGAUGUCCAACCGUGUUCAUCCAGAUGUACAAAUCCUCAUCGACUUGCAUGAUAGCAAUCGAUGAUCAGUAGAUAGAACGUGUAAAAUCAAAAAAACGUGUUUUUUUCCAAACACAACAAAUUACAUACCUCCCAAAUAAAAAAAAAUAAAAAAAAUAUGCUAUCGGUUGGUGCUGAGAAAUGUCUUAGGAAAUACGUAGAUAUGCGUUUUGUAAAGAUUGGAAAUUCAUAAAUUUCCAUAUUGACGGUUUUGUACAGUUUUCAAAGUCUGAUUUGUGUAUUGAAAUGGUAAGUGUUGCGAUGAAAAGUAGAAAGUCUACCCCAGAUCCUUAUGCUUAAAACUGAAGUAUCUUUAAUGGUUGUUGUUUAGAAACGUAUUUAACAAAAAAAAAGACCAAUUUUUAUAAAAAAAAUUACUUUCAGCCAUGUUUUGAAUGUUAAUGAAA